AUGAGAGCUUCUGUCCUGGGAUCGGUUUGUGCUCUUCUCUUGCUGUUACGAGAGCCUGGAUGCCAGGGGGAUGAGCUUACAGUGAACCCCUGCUGUUAUCUCCCCUGUCAGCACUGGGGUGUGUGCGUGCGCUUUGGCGAGGACAAAUACGAGUGUGACUGCACCCACACUGGCUACUAUGGAGCAAACUGCACCAUCCCUGAGCUUUGGACCCGAGUGCGUCAGUUCCUCAGGCCCGGUCCAGACAAGGUUCACUACAUCCUCACCCACUUCCGCUGGCUCUGGGACGUCAUCAACAACACUUUUCUCCGGAACGUGCUCAUGCGGCUGGUUUUAACAGUGAGGUCCAACUUGAUACCCAUCCCUCCGACUUACAACUCGAAGUAUGGCUACCUCAGCUGGGAGUCCUACUACAACCUGAGCUACUACACUCGGCUCCUGCCCCCUGUUCCUGAGGACUGCCCCACACCGCUGGGGGUCAAAGGCAGAAACGGGCUGCCUGACCCCGAGGUGCUGGUGGAGAAGCUGCUGAAAAGAAGGACGUUCAGACCCGACCCCCAGGGCACCAACCUCAUGUUCGCGUUCUUCGCUCAGCACUUCACGCACCAGUUCUUCAAGACCUAUAACCGCAUGGGGCUGGGCUUUACCAAGGCUCUGGGACACGGGGUGGACGCAGGACACAUUUAUGGAGACAGCCUGGAACGCCAGCUCCAUCUGAGGCUUUUCAAAGAUGGAAAACUGAAAUAUCAGUUAAUUGAUGGAGAGAUGUUCCCUCCCUCUGUGGUUGAUGCUCCCGUCAGGAUGAGCUACCCUCCUGAUGUCCCCGCCCAUAUUCAGAUGGCCAUCGGUCAGGAGGUGUUUGGACUCCUACCUGGUUUGGGGUUGUACGCCACGCUGUGGCUCAGAGAGCACAACCGGGUCUGUGACAUCCUGAGAGCCGAGCAUCCCACCUGGGACGACGAGCAGCUCUUCCAGACAUCACGUCUCAUCAUCAUCGGCGAGACCAUUCGAAUCGUGAUAGAGGAGUACGUGCAGCACCUGAGCGGCUACCUUCUGCAGCUGAAGUUUGACCCCACCCUGCUGUUUCACUCUCAUUUCCAGUACGGGAACCGCAUCGCGCUGGAGUUCAGCCAGCUCUACCACUGGCACCCUCUGAUGCCCGACAGCUUCCACAUAAACGGAGAGGAGCUUUCAUACACACAGUUCCUGUUCAACACGUCCGUCCUCACACGCCACGGUGUGGAGAAGCUGGUGGAUGCUUUCUCUCGACAAGUGGCGGGUCAGAUUGGUGGAGGCCACAACAUUAACGCUGUGGUGGCCAAGGUUGCUGCAGGGACCAUAGAGGAGUCCCGCCAGCUGCGGGUCCAAGCGUUCAACGAGUACAGGAAGCGUUUUAACCUGGAGCCCUACAAGUCGUUCAGAGAGUUCGCCGAUAACGAGGAGAUAGCCAGCACGCUUGAAGAGCUCUACGGUGACAUCGACGCUCUUGAAUUUUAUCCUGGAUUAUUGCUGGAGAAAACACGACCGGGGGCCGUAUUUGGAGAAAGCAUGGUGGAAAUGGGCGCCCCCUUUUCCCUCAGGGGCCUCAUGGGGAAUCCCAUCUGUUCUCCAGAUUACUGGAAGCCCAGCACGUUUGGAGGCAAAGUCGGCUUUGACAUCGUAAACUCUGCCACCUUAAAGAAACUGGUCUGUCUAAACACCAGGACGUGUCCUUACGUGUCAUUCAGAGUUCCUGCAGAGGAAAAAUUAGGAAAGAAUGAUGGGAAAGUCCACUCUGAUGAGCUAUGACCAUGAGCACACCCAUGCUUAGGCUUUCUACAUUUUAUAUGAAGGUAAAAAGAGGGGCUGCAAAAAGCAUACUAAGGUAUUUGUGAGGACACCAGUGUUUCAGAUUAGUCAGAGCUCUGCGCAAACUUUCCUUUUUCUUUCAAUCCUGCAGUCUGUCACACUUGAACAAACACAGUGAGGAGUCAAACAUAUGAGUUCUGUUAAAGUCUUUGUCCUUAAAGACAGAAAAGCUGUUACAG